AUAAGCCUCUGCCCCAUUUUCCCACUCGGAAAUCCAUUCGAAUUGUAUUGAUUAGGUGUUCAGCUUUUGCCCGGAGUGGAUUAGUUGCACUGAACAACCGAGUCACGUCACUUUUCUCCAAACUCUGAAGAAGAGUUGUGUGUAAAUCAAACACAAACAUUUCACUAGUACAGGCCCCAGGGUGUGGGUUUAAUAGAUAUGGAAAUGGGUGCUAGCACAGAGGAUGUAAAAAUAACCAAUAACAGUGGUAGGCAAAAUUCGUAUGGAGACAAUGGGCGCAGGGCAUGGAUUCCUAGAGGUAGAGGAAACCAUAAUCAAAACCCUAACCCUAACACCAAUGGGCGCAGGGUUUGGACUCCUAGAGGUAGAGGUAGAGCAUCCAAGUGUGGACAUAAUUCAUCAUCUCAGGAUUUAAUGCUCCCCAUGAAUGACAGAAAGCAUCCUUCACAAUCUGUACACCAUAAGAGAUCAGAAAUGGAGGAUCUUGGACUUAUGAACAGGAGUAGUAGCCAGGAUUGGAGGUAUCACGCUCCAUCGUCAGAAGUUAAUGCUCGGCCACUUUUGAAGCAGGAAAGUGAGGAGGUUAUUCAUUUGGAGAGAUCAAACGUGCCAAAUCUUGUGCAGGAGAUUGAACGGAAGCUUCAACAAAGCAAGGUGGAAUGCAUGAUUUGCUAUGAGAUGGUGGGAAAAUCAGCGGCAAUAUGGUCUUGUAAUAGCUGCUAUGCACUCUUUCACCUACAUUGCAUAAGGAAGUGGGCACGAGCUCCGACUUCCAGAGAUUUGUCUGCUGGGCAAAGUCAGAGAUCUAAUUGGAGAUGCCCAGGUUGUCAAUCAGUGCAGUAUUCAAGACCAGAGGAUCUUCAGUAUUAUUGUUUCUGCGGAAAAAUGCAAAACCCAUACAAUGAUUUCUAUCUGACUCCACACUCAUGUGGAGAGCCAUGUGGAAAAUCACUUGAUAAAGGGAAGGAACUGUCUCGUUGCCCUCAUACUUGCACACUCCUAUGUCAUCCAGGCCCUUGUCCUCCUUGCACAGCAAUGGCUGCACCUCAGCCAUGCCCAUGCGGUAAAAAAACAACUACAAGAAGAUGUUCCGAUCAGAAACCAGCUGAAACAUGUGGACAAGUGUGCGAGCAGCUUCUUACCUGUGGUCGACAUCUUUGUGAUAAAAUAUGCCAUGAGGGUCCUUGUGGUUCAUGCACUAUUUUAACAAAUGCUUCAUGCUUUUGUGGGAAAAAAGAGAACAUGAUGCUUUGCGGGGACCUGGAGUUCCAUGGAGAAUUAGAGUGGAAAAGUGGUGUAUAUGCAUGUGAGAAUCUUUGUAUGAAGAUGCUCUCGUGUCAAAAUCACAAUUGCAGCUUGGGAUGUCAUCCAGGAGAAUGCAAAGAAUGUGAUUUAUUACCUGAGAAGUUAAAAACAUGCCCCUGUGGUAAAACGCAAAUACUAAAUCAAAGGAAGAGUUGCCUGGAUCCUGUGCCAACAUGCUCAGAAGUAUGUGAAAAGCUUCUUCCUUGUGGGAAACACAAGUGCAUAAAUUCUUGUCACCAGGGCAUCUGCCCUCCUUGUCUGGUUUCUGUGGAUCAGAAAUGUCGAUGUGGAUCUUCUUCCAGAAAAGUCAGUUGUUGGAAAACAACAUCAGUCACAAAGGACAACAAAGAAUUUUUGUGUGAAAAGGUUUGUGGACAGAAGAAAAACUGUGGUAGACACAGAUGCAAUGAAAAAUGCUGCUCUCUGUCACAUCGAGGUCGGUCUGCUAUUCAAACAGGUGACUGGGAUCCACAUUUAUGUCUUAUGCCAUGUGGGAAAAAGAUGAGAUGUGGUCAACAUUACUGCCAGGAACUUUGCCAUAGUGGCUACUGCCCCCCAUGUCUUGAAACUAAUUUUACUGAUCUCUCUUGUGCAUGUGGGAAGACAUCAAUUCCUCCUCCAGUACCAUGUGGAACACCUAUUCCUUCAUGUGCAUAUCCUUGCUCCAUUCCUCAGCCAUGUGGACAUUCUGCAACUCAUAAUUGCCAUCUUGGAGAGUGCCCUCCUUGCACAGCGAGUGCUGCAAAAAAAUGUGUAGGAAGUCAUGUAAUCCUUAGAAAUGUUCUAUGUGGUUCACGAGAAAUAAAAUGCAAUAAGCUUUGUGGGAAAACAAGGCAAUGUGGAAUGCAUGCUUGUACUAGGACAUGCCAUAUACCACCCUGUGACCCAGUUUCCAUGGAAAGUUCAUCAUCUAAAGCCAGAAUCUCAUGUGGGCAAACUUGUGGAGCUAGUCGUAGAGAUUGCAAACAUACGUGUAUUUCUCUGUGUCACCCACCUAGGCCUUGCCCUGAUACCAGAUGCACAUUUCCAGUGACUAUUACUUGCUCAUGUGGUCGAAUGACAGCAAAAGUUCCAUGUGAUGCCGGAGGUAACAAUAUCAGAGCUGAUCCAGUCUUUGAAGCUUCUAUUUAUCACAAAUUGCCUGCUCCCCUUCAGCCAACAGAGUCACAUUUGACCAGAGUUCCAAUGGGCCAGAGAAAGCUUGCAUGUGAUGAUGAAUGUGCAAAGUUGGAGAGGAAGAAGACUCUAGCAAAUGCCUUCGACAUUUCAACAACAGUUGAUCUACAAGAGGUGAAUGGAAAAACAUCAGAAAUGCUUGCUGACUUGAUUCGGAGAGAGCCUCAAUGGGUCUCAGAUGUUGAAGAUAGGUUUAAAUAUUUAGUUCUGGGAAGGACAAAAAUAAACACAAACGGUAUUCGUGUCCACAUUUUCAAUGCUGUGCCAAAGGAGAAAAGGGACAUAUUGAAGCUACUUGCAGGAAGGUGGAAUCUUUCUGUAUUUUGGGCUGGAUGGGAACCAAGACGCUUUUUAAUUGUACAGGCCACACAAAAGUCAAGAGCCCCAGCACGCAACCUGUUACUUAAUGGUCCAUUGCAAACCACAGGGCAGGUGCAACCUCCCAUUUUUAAUUCAUUGGUAGACAUGGAUCCGAGGCUUGUAUUUGCCUUAUUUGAUUUACCAAGAGAAACAGAUGUCAGUGUAAGCUCCCUAAUUCUGAGAUUCGGUGGGGAGUGUGAACUUGUUUGGCUGAAUGACAAGAAUGCAUUAGCCAUAUUUACAGACAGGACAAGGGCUGCAACGGCUAUGAGACGUGUGGCGCAUGCAACUGCAUAUCAGGGUGCUGUCAAUCAAAGGAGCACACCAAUAGGUUAGUUGUUCAGCUGAGGAUUGGGUCCAGAUGUAAGAUGGGCAGAUGCAUGGUCCCCAAAGAAGAUUGGGAAGAAACCUCAUUUUCUGCAACAAAGGGGUAGUUGAAACUGAACAACACUUCAUUAUUGAUUGUGCAGCAUAUGAGGAUAUUCACAUUCAGUUUGAAAAUAUUUUGCAGGUGGACAGUCUGAAUAAGAUCUUUGAAGAGACAAGACUUCACAAUUUCACAAGUUUCUUAAUCAAGAUACAUAAUAUACAUGGAAAGAAGCAUGAAAAUGGA